GAUGUGCUGUCUUGAAUAGUCAUUUCAUGUACAGCACAUGGGGUUGGGAGGGGGCCUGUUCCCAUGGUGACCACCAGUUACAUAACAGUGGGUACCUACUGUAGCUGCACCAUUAGAGAAUGAGAGAUAAGGGCACAGAGGGAGACUAUUAACAGAAAUUAUUUCCCUACCAGUUUAGAUUUAGAAAACAGUUUGCAGGAGCUGAAAGGAGGCACUUUAAGAGCAAUGAGAGCAAAAACCAUAAAAAGCAGCACAGCUUUCAAAAUAUCUCAUUCUGCAUGUAUGCAGUUAUUUUUUUUUAUUAACCAGGCACUGCUGUGCUCCUGUGAUCAUACUGUAACCUGCUCUGUGCUGCUAACUUAACCUUUCGUUAUCUCUUUGUCUCUUAUAAAAAGUAUAAAGUAAAUUAACUUUAGUAAGGCUAAUUAAAUCAUAGUGAAUGUAAUUUAAAAUGACUGAACCAUAAUUAUCCAUCCUAUAUCACAUGAUGACAUUUACAACAAAUAGAAUCUGACUGGUUUUCAGACCCUAAGGGGGAUAUUAUCCCAAUGAAUUUAUUUAUUGUUGACUGUGCAGCUCUCAAUUGCCUAUGAGAAUGACAGCAGCCGAAACAGCUUUAUUCUUUAAAUCACUGCCGCUAGUUUGCAUUGUAUUUUAUUUUCUCUACACUUUUUAAUGCAUGUGUAUUAGAAAAGUUGCAAGGUGAAAACUCACUUUCACCCUUUGGGUAAGUCAGUAAGUCUGUAUAAAAUCUAUACCAUUAUUCUUAGUUGCAACUGAGAAAACACACGUAUCUCCACUACAUCUUCACAGACAAAAUUAAUGUCUUUCUAAAUUGGCCAAGUUCAGACAUCACUGAUUUUCUUUAGGUUUAGGGCAGACGUUUGCACUUCUGGAAGUUAGAAUUCUUUGACAUGCAAGAUUUUUGCAUUUUCAUCCUAACAAACUUUCAACUUAACGUUCAAUAGCUGCAACUGUACACGCUAAACUACAACUCCUCCUGAUCUGCAAUCAGUGUAAACCAUCUUGACUGACUGGCCAAGAGAGAGAGAUGGAAGGCGAAGUGAGCAGUAGUAGCAGUGCUCUAAAUUUAGUUGCCCCUCCACUUGUGAACUAAAUACCAAUGACAACAGACAAACUGACACCCACCCACCUACUCACUCAGUAACAUAGUCAGUUAGGUCAGGCCUGAGCCCCCUCUGCCCACCCUCCUCAUGCCGAGCUCCAGUGUCGGGGAGCACGAGCACCCACACAGAUCGCAAUUCUCAGUCUGACCCUCCUGCCUCUCACCUUUCUGACUUCCCACCCUGAGGAGACAGGCACAAGUUAAGACUACCCCCUGAGGGUCCUUCAGGACAGGUAAGCAUCACUCGGGCUUCUCCACAGGUGUGCUGUCUAGCUCUGUCUAGCUACUUUGAAUCAAGCAUGGCCCUCACUACCACCCACAGUGAUUCCUGCUGCAUUUUCAUAUCAGCCACAUACAGUAGCUUUCUCUCUAUUGUAGUUUUUCCACACUGAUCUGCUGCUGCAUUGUCUUUUUGGGUCUUUGAUCUUUCUUUUUUUUCAUAAUAUCCUGAUUAAAGUCAAUUAUGCUUUUGUUUAAUACACUGAGAUAAAAAUGAAUGCAAUCCUGAAAACAUUAUUCUUUUAUCUGAUAAUCAUAACUGCUGUUUUCCAAAUGGUUUGCAUGGAGAAUCAGCUUCAGCAUUUGGUAUGAGAUACUUAUUUGUUCUAUUGCAAAACUUUUUGGAAAUGUUUUGGAUUGAAAUGAAACACUUGUGUUCACUGACACCUUGAUGUAAACUAUCAACUGGGCUGUUUUAUCCUCAGUCUCACAUGUUUGCUGUGACAGCAACCUUUUCUCUAUCUGUGUCCUUUCAGCCCACUUGAACAAUUUCAAACAUAUUGAUUCCCAGACCCCUGACACAGCUGGCUGCCAUGUCUGAAGAGCAUGUGCUUGGCGUUUAACAGCUCAAGGUUAUUUAAAGGGAUGUGCUAACUUUGCCCUUUUCACUGCCCCAAUAAAUUCUGUCUUCUAUGUUGGGUCUUUGUGCGUGUGGUGGAUGCCUGAUGUUGGCCAAUCGAUGAUCUAAAUGCAGUUGUGUUGCUUUGCUUUUGUCUUUGGUUGUUUAUCUGAACAGCUUGUAGUGACGUGCACACUCUCCUGUAACUUUUUGUCUCACCCUGAACUCCCAGGGGCAGCCAUGUCACAGUUUUCCACCAUGACGACCAGAGAAAGGAAAAUGCAGGCAGCAGCAAUCUGCAGGGAAGUUCAAGCCCAGGAAGAUUUACAGAUGGAUCUGGGGAAGAAAAUGAGUGUCCCUAAAGAGAUCAUGCUGGAGGAGCUCUCUCUUGCCUCCAACCGGGGCUCCCGGCUCUUCAAAAUGCGCCAGAGACGCUCAGAAAAAUACACUUUUGAAAGCAUCCAGAAUGAAAACAACAACCAGCUCAAUAGCAGGAUGGUUUCUCAAACUGAGAAUGAAAGUGUCGCAGGCAACAACAGCAGCGAGCACAACUUGGGUGCCAGCCAGGCAUCUAGCAUGAUAUCUGAUACACCAGAUAUGAAAAUGGUGCCAAAUCCGAGCAGUAUUGCCCCAGGAUAUGGAGGUCCUUUGAAAGACAUCCCUCCAGAGAAGUUCAACAGUACUGCUGUGCCAAAGUCAUACCACUCACCCUGGGAGCAGGCCAUUAUCAAUGACCCGGCCUUGGCUGAUACACUCAUCCCUCGCAUGCCUGAGCUGGAGCCCAGAGCAGACCUACCAGGAUACAAAAGUUUCAACAGGGUGGCAACCCCUUUUGGUGGUUUCAAUAAGACACUGAGACCUGCUCCUAUGAAGCCCACCCAGGAAGAAAACCUUCCAGAAAUCCCAGAACACCUGACACUCCAGGCGGAUGAAGGGGUAAAUCGGCCUUCUUUCAACAGAUCUGCUCUGGGGUGGGUGUCUACGGGUGGUCCAGUUGCACUUCAAACUGUUCCCCUAGAGCCCAUGUUCAUCCCUGAGUCAGAAGACCUUUGAACCCGUGAAGAAGUCACACAGGGAUGCUGUCUAAGUAGUUACUACACCCGAAGUUAUUGUGGCCGGGGUGACAUUUCUGUCAGAAAGGAGUGAAAGUGAGGAAGCUUCCCGUUGGGUGUUGCUUGUUCAUCCCUUGGUUUUCCAGCAAUGUUCACUUUUGCAUUUCAGUGGUAAAAUUAAUAUAUCACCUUGUAAAAUAAGAGGAAAACUGGUAUACAGUUGUUGUAUAUUAAUGUGCAUAAUAGUGUUUUAUCUUGUAGACACACAUUUUUGCUCAAUAAAGUGGUGCAGAAUGAAACA